AUGAACAGAUUCUGUGAUUAUAAAUCUUGUCAAUACUUCAUUAAAUAACCUACAAUAGAACAAAGAUCCAAACUUAAUAAAGUUAUGUGUCCAUUAUGUAUGGGAGCCAACUAUUGCAGCACUCGAUGUAGAGACCUUGAUUGGCCAAUAUAUCACAAAGAGAUUUGCAAGAAGUCUUAGCCAGAUAGAGCACGAUCUUGCAAUGAUACUAUUGAUUCUUGUUCAACAACAAGUGUGAGGAGAAGGCCGGAGGAGUUUGAAAUAAUCACAAUUGGAAGUAAGUAAGAGUUAGGUAGAGGAUCAUAUGGAUCAGUUAAACUAGUCAAAGACAAAUAGAAUGGCUUAUUAUAUGCAAUGAAAAUUAUGAAUAAGAGAUAAGUUUUUGAAUAUUGUUCAGUAGAAAACUUAAAAAGGGAAAUUAAAAUACAACGUAAACUGGCUCAUCCUCACAUUUGUAAAUUGCACCAUUAUUUUGAAGAUAAGGAAAAUGUUUAUUUGAUACUUGAAUAUGCAUAAAAUGGAUCUCUGUUUAAUUACAUUAAAAAACGAUCUAAAUUGCCAGAGAAUGAAGCAUUUGUCUAUUUCUUUUAGACUUGUUUGGGCAUAGAUUAUUUACAUAAAAAUAAGAUCAUCCACAGAGAUCUAAAACCUGAAAAUUUGUUAUUGGAUCAUGAUGGUAAUGUGAAGAUAUGUGAUUUUGGUUGGAGUGCUGAAAGUUUAACUGAGAAAAGGAUGACUUUUUGUGGUACUUAUGAAUAUAUGGCACCUGAAAUGUUAAAUAAAUAACCUCAUGAUUUCAGUCUGGAUGUUUGGAGUUUGGGUAUAUUAUUAUAUGAAUUAUUGCAUGGAAAUGCACCCUACAGAGGAAGGAACAAUGAAGAAUUAGGAAACAAAAUUAAGUCUGGGUAACCCAUUAAUUUUGCACCCACAUUGUCAAAGGAAGUAAUUACACUUAUCAAAGGAAUACUUAAAUAUAUUCCUGGAGAGCGUUUAACAAUGGAUUAGAUCUUCGAUAAUCCAUGGAUGGUUAAGCAUGCUGCUAAUUACAACAUUGAUAUUUGGACUUUUGUUUACAAAACUUAAUAUCCAACUAGAUAAAUUCCUACUGUCAAUUUUCAAUAGAAAUAAAAGCCUAUUGAGAUUCAAAAAAAAGAAUCAUUGGCAAGACCAAUUUCAUAAGAUUACAAUAAGUUUAAAGAAUAACCUAUUAAUAAUAAUGCUACCAAUUACAAGGCUUAUUAGAAUGACUAUAAUAACACUAAAUAGGAUGACGUUAAUAAACCUAGAAUUAGUAGAGUGUCAAAUAGAAAUGAAAUUAUGAUGCAUCAACAUUAAUUACAACAAUAGCAAUAAGAAGAGAAGUUAACAUUUAUGGACAGAGUGUUUCUAGCAUUUGGAUGCUUGAAUAGAGAGAAAAAAUGA